AUGGACAUUCUAAAGACUGAAGUUAACGUGGACAUUCUAAAGACUGACAUUAAGGUGGACAUUCUAGGUACUGACGUUAACGUGGACAUUCUAAAGACUGACAUUAAGGUGGACAUUCUAAAGACUGACAUUAGGGUGGACAUUCUAAAGACUGACAUUAAGGUGGACAUUCUACAUACUGAAGUUAACGUAGACAUUCUAAAGACUGACAUUAAGGUGAACAUUCUACAUACUGAAGUUAACGUGGACAUUCUAAAGACUGACAUUAAGGUGGACAUUCUACAUACUGAAGUUAACGUGGACAUUCUAAAGACUGAUAUUAAGGUGGACAUUCUAAUGACUGACAUUAAGGUGGACAUUCUACAUACUGAAGUUAACGUGGACAUUCUAAAGACUGACAUUAAGGUGGACAUUCUAAAGACCGACAUUAAAAUGGACAUUCUAAAGACUGGCCAGUAA